AUGGUCUUGAAGACUGUGGGACCGUCCGUAGGUAGCGACGACCACAGUCGCGGUUCCAGCGACGACGCGCACAAUGUCAGCAAGCUUUCAACGCUGGAUGAACUGACACCACUGUUCCUUGCAUGGUAUUCAGCCGAGAUGGCUUACAUGAACGCAUCGCCCUUGAGCGGCAGCGAGGAUCCGUUCAAGGCGAGCAUUGGCAUGCAGCCUUUGACAGGCUCAUGCGGUGAGGCCAGGCGGGCGGCAAGCCAUCUGCUUGCCAUGCCAUGUGCGUUACGUGGCUGGACCCAUGAUCCCCGUCAGUCCACGUCAUCCUCGUCCAUGAAGUUCCAUGACAGUCGCAUCGACAAGUCAGCCCUUGACAAGAUCGAGCACAAGGAUCGCAUCCUGAGAUUCCUACUCGACGUCCAUGCCCGCAAGCGGCCGCACCGAAAGCGGACCGAGGCGCUGCUGUCGUUGUUGCUGGAGGUGGACAGCUGGCAGAAGGCCUUCGCAGAAGACCAGGACCUUGAGGCAGCGAUCGCACAGUUCCGCCGCGCGGAGGAGGGCAAUCAGGCCCAGGAGCUGACGGCCGAGGAGGAGGAGGAAGCCCAGGAGGACCUGCGAAGCCUCUCCACACUGUGGCGGGAUGACGUCGAAGAGAAGCUCGCCGCAGCCGCAGCGCGUGGCUCCAUUGGCGUGCUUCUGGUGCGGGUCGUGGCCGCCUACAACCUGAUCAACGCAGACUGGUUCAGUCUGUCCGAUCCCUACGUGAAGGUGAAGGUGGGCCGGCAAAAGCAGACCACCGCCGUCGUAGACGACUGCCUGGAAGCAUGGCUUUGA